CUAUGAUGACACCAACAACAACAAUUACGAUGUGAAUGCGCAAACACAGAAACAAUCCCCCUCUACCAUCACCAUACCUAUCCACAACAAGCAAAACCAAGUGAUGCUGCAUGCGCCAACAUCCUGACGCCCUGCAUAAAAGGACAACAACAUCACUGUCCAACCCCGACACCUAUAAUCACCAUCACGAGCCCCCUCCUCCGCAAUGGCUGUAUUCUCUCUCAUAAUAAUCAACAAAGCCGGCGGGCUAGUCUACCAGCGCGAAUUCCAGCCAGGAUUGCGCAAGCUCUCGACAAACGACUACCUCGUCCUGGCGGGCACGUUUCACGGUGUCCACGCUAUCACCCGCUCCAUCACCCCCAAGCUCCCCCUCGCCCCCGCCGCAGCACUCGCAACAACACCCACCACCGCGACCACACCCUCCCCCAACAAUGUCGUUUCUCCCUCCGCCACAUCAUCGACCCCUACCCCUUUUACAGCUUCAUACUCGUAUCCGAACCCCGGAGUACCCGCGACGGGUCUCGAGUGUCUAGAAACGGACAAGUUCCGAUUAACGUGUUUCCAGACGUUGACGGGCACCAAGUUCCUCUUGUUUACGGAUCCGCUGAUGGCAAAUAUCGAGGUGGUUAUGAAGAAGAUAUAUGAAUUGUAUGCGGACUUUGUUAUGAAGAAUCCGUUUUAUCAGUUGGAAAUGCCGGUGAGAUGUGAGGCGUUUGAUCGGAAUUUGCAGGGUUGGUUGAGGGGGAGGACUUGAUUGAUGGGAUGGGAUGGGCUAGAUGGGUUUUAUUAUUGAGGUUGCGAUGUGGUGGUGGUGGUGGUGGGGUUGUGAUUGAUACUUUUUUCUUUGUUGUUAUAAUUUUGCUUUUGGUUUUGCGGUUGCAUGCAUGGACAUGUUUGAUAUCUGGGCGUCAUAGUUUGUAUCAUGGAACAACAUCAAGUUACGAUGGCGAUAGAUCUACAUAUUAGAUCGCAUCCGUUUCAAAAGCGAGUUGCUGGAGAACCAACCGCUUUCUACAAUUACAGCAAGAAAACGAAAGUACAUUUAAAACGCCGGGUAUGCAUCAAAUCAUCCAGGAGGUUGUUCUGGUCUCCACAUUAAGCAGUGUCCAU